CCACUGGAGCAGCAUAGGAGUCAUACCAAGCAUAGCCUGCGUGUCAGUGCAGUCGACUUACAGCUGGCUGUGAGGAGAACUGACGCUACUUUUACCUGUUUUUACUCUGUCGUUCGCUUUAGGUUUAUUCAUAAAUAAUAGAAAAAAAAAGAUAAAAAGAAAAGUACCGCGAUCUAAUUAAAACAUCUGCGAGACCCCACUUUCCGCGGAGGGUUUUUUAGAAAAGUAAAGUUGGAGGCUGGGCCUUUAGCUUUUCGACGGUCGGUUGAAAGGAGAAACAAGAGAAAAGCUGGUCUUUUUGUUUUUUAAAUGAAAGCUCGUUAAAUGCAUCUAACAAAGAUGGACCUGUUGAACUAUCAGUACCUGGACAAGAUGAACAACAACAUUGGUAUUCUCUGCUACGAAGGUGAAGCAGCACUGAGAGGAGACCCCAGAUUCCAGUCUCUGUCACUAUCCUCAUCUUCCUCCUCGUCGUCAUUGUCGUCAUCGUCGUCUUCCAUUUCAAGUCACAGAACUGGUCCUCCUCCCAUCAGCCCCACCAAGAGGAAGCUGAGUGGGGACCAGGUAGACAGCGACAUGGACGACAAUGAGCACGUGGCGAAGAUGAGUCGACUGUUUGCCGCACAACUGAAACCUAAUGGAGACUAUCGCAACUCCUCUGUUACCAAGGACCGUAGUCGAAGCCCCAGUGAGCGCAUGGUGGUUCCCACUACUUUGGGAGUCCAAGGCAGCCCMCUGUACGGCCACCCCCACCACCAUCACCUGGCCGCCUUAGCUGGCAUGGACCAGCCCCUGGCGCUCACCAAAAACAGCAUGGUGGACACUGCACGUGGCAGUGCAGCAUCUCUGGUCACAAUGCCACACACAGUCAGCACAAUGGAACGACAGCAGAAUCGUCCAUCUGUGAUCACAUGUGCAGCAGCCAACAAUCGAAACUGCAACCUGUCUCAGUGUCCGGUCUCCCACAGCGGCUGCUCCAACCUCACCAAUAACUACAGAAGAAUCAACACCAACACAGCUUGUGACCCUGUCAUUGAGGAACAUUUCCGUCGCAGCCUCGGGAAGAACUACAAGGAACCCGAGCCCACCGCCACCAACUCGGUGUCCAUCACGGGCUCUGUGGACGACCACUUUGCCAAGGCACUGGGUGAAACUUGGCAGCAGAUCAAAAACAAGAGGAGUCCCUCGUCGGCCGGCAGCAGCCCAAACUCUUCUCCCGACACUCACAUGGUCAGUCACAACCACUCCCCUUCUGUCGUCUCUUGAAGGCAGAGGGAUUAUUUUUCCCCGGCUCAUCCGUUCAUCCCAGCUUCGACAUCCAUGGCCCCGCCACUUUGGUUCGUCACCAGCAUCCCAGAGGGAACGCCUGCCUGCUGGUCUGCUAAAAACAGCCAAAACCUGCUCUUUCACUGUGCACUCACAGAGGAUCAAUCAAGCAAUAAAGAUAUGGCCACCCCCCUCCUGUCCUCUGCUAAAACACUAAUCAGUACUGGAUGAAGAGGAUUCAAAAGUAAAACUGGACUGAAGCAUCAGCUCGCACCUUCCAGUCGUUCAUCAACCCUGCGUCUGCAGCUUGAAGCUGAACAAGUGUCUGUAGUUAUAUGUACAUAAACAAGGAGAGGAAAGACAGCGUUUUAAUUCUUAACUUUCUUUUGUUUGUUUGUUUUUGUUAACAGUAGUUUUGUGUACCCAUUGUUUGAUGACAUGCCUGGCCUUUAAACGAAAAGAUAAGUGAGAAACACGUCUUUGAAAAAACAAUCACGACCCAUCUGACUGUGCUACCAAAGAAACCUCAGACACUGACGUUUAUCAAUGCUCACCUCCAAAACACCCCAUCGUUCUCGCCACCUUUUGCUCCUGCCUGUGUUUCAGAUCUGGAUGUGUGUGUGUUUUUUUUAAUAGAAGCUGAUUUUGAAAGAAGCCAAAAUGAUCUCAUGUCGAAAGACAUUUUUGAUCUCUCGUUAUCACCUUUUGGAAGUUAAGUAAUUGAAUUCUGCAUUUGUAGGAAGUACUAUUGACCUUAAAGGCUUUGUGAAAAAUGGAACAUGGUGAAGUUGGGCAGCACACAUGAUCCACUGUACGUUUGGUCACCUGAUUUAUUAAAACAAUCUUAUUACAUCACAACAUUUCCAUUGAGGCUGCUGAGAAAUAAAAGCUAACAGAAUAAACAGUCAAAUUUAGUGUGUUGUAGUUUUAAACUGUGGCCACAGCUCAGUUUCUGAUCUGUGAUUUAGCCCCACCUGCAUCUAUGUGGAGAAUGUCAGCGUGCCUGAAGAGCUCUCUAAUAAAGAGGGUGGAUAUAAUUAGACAAAAUAUUAGAUAACCAGUCAUUCUUCAGCAUUAAAACAUGGCCAAGGAAACUGUUGAAAAGAAAAAAAAUCUAUUUGAAGUUGCUUUCCAAACUGAAAGGUAGAAGUCAUUUUUACUGUUUAUUCAAGUUCAAAAGAUUUCUUAGGCAAACUGAACAUUAAAUCACCWAUGAUUGGUCUACAUUUUAGUGGUCGAGAUUAACGCAACUAAUGUCUGCUGCCCAGCGCUGGAAGCUUAAUCUAUUUUUUCAUAAAGCUGCGUCGAUUUGUACCAAACAAGCAGUCGACAUGAGUUUGUUGCCUUUGAGUUAACAAGCGGCUAACCUUUUUGGUCGUCGCGACAGGUUAAAGGUCAUGUUUUUGCCCAACAGUGUGCUUUGAUGUGCUUCACAGGCGCAACUGCUGAUGAGAGGAUAGAUGAUGCUGUACGUCACUUUGUGGUUCCAUGGUUGUUGGGGGGGGGGGUUCUUUUUUUUGUUCUCGACCAGGAGAAAAUGAUCUCCUCAAAUCCACUUUUGCUUGUGACUCUUUGAACACGGGUGUUGUAAUUAUAUUUGGCCAACACUCUGCCAUUAUUUCCUUUGCCCUUUCCUAUUCACUGUGGUUUGACCGAUUUUCUUUUAAGGUUUUAAAGGUAAGUUAAUGCUUUUUACUGAUGCAUGAUAUUGUUUUUUAUUUAAUAGCUGGUAUCUAUUAGUGUUUUUAGCAUUUCAAACUUUACUAUUACCCUUUUCAUUCAGACUUUAGUUGUUACUUCUUUUGCUGCCAGUUACAGACGUAGACACUAUACACUCACUGCUGGGUCAGUUGUACUCGUUUUUGUUAUUGAUAUUAUUAUUACAGUUUUGUACUAUCGUUUUCCAUUAAUUGUAGUAUAGUAGUGUAUAUCUUUAGUGGAGCAGCCUCCGGACAGGCUCUGUUAAGUGAUGAGAGCUGCAUUUCUCAAAACUAUCCCUGCACAAUGAGACUAUAGCUUAUUUCCCACAGCGGGGUGACGGUUGUUUGGAUAUUCAGUUGGCUUUUGGGUUUUGCAGCUCAUCAAAGUUUUCAUAUGAUGUUGAUCCAUCAGUGGUACAAGAUGCUCGAAGCUUCUGUGUGAGUGAUCUGAGACACCAUUGUGGCCUAUAACCUGCUUGUGUCUUAUUUUUCUACCAGCRUUUACCCACAAAGCGUACCACACUACUUGGAAGUCUUGCAGGCUAGGCUGUGUUUGGUUGUGCGUAUGAUGUGUCAAACUUCUUGUUGAUGGUGUCUUAAAUUAUACCCAAAAAAGAAAUUGAUGGAACAUUGAAAUUGGUAGAGUUAGCAUAGCGAUGCUAGCAAACAAAAUGAAGUAAUUGGCUACAGCUUUCUCAACUUUCAUUGACUUCUUGUGUUCUGACUCUGUCCAGACUUUCCUGUUGUGUUUCAGUGAUUUCCUUUCUGAAGAACUUUGCAUUUGUAGUUUGUAGAAGAACCUGCACCCAGGUGGUAUACAUUCCUCCAGUGGGGAACUUUACACAGGCUUUGUCCGUAAACAGCAGAGUUUCAUCGAUAGCCAGCCAGGGCUGCUGAUCCCAUAGUUCCCCCUAACUGACUUUUGUUAUUUUUUUACUUGUUUCAUAGAGCUGAUUGGUCAUACUUUAUAAUAAAAAAACCACCACAAGUGAGUGCCAUAACAUUUUCAAGAUUUUUUCUUUUUUGAGAACAAGAACUAGGCUUGUACCAGUGUGUCGUUCUGUAUUCGAAGUACAGAAUCAUUUCAUGUAACUGAGCUGAASUUAACAGAUGAGCGUUCGCUUUUAAGACGUUUGUAGCAAGUAUGACAAGCCGACAGAGUUUUAUGAAUGGAAGGUGUUUUCUCUUCAAAAUAUCCACACAUUCCAUCAUUAGUUAUCGAAACAGGUGUGACAAAUGGAAAAGGGUUGGCCAAGCCUGCAGAGAUCUCCGUGAUCCUCAAAUGCUUUUUUGUUUCAAAUGAUGCGGAUGGUUAGUUUUAGCAGGCAGGUUGGGGUGGUGUGGAGGUGGGGGGGCUGAGCUUCAGAAGCUGUGCUUUUGUAAGCGCAAGCUGUGAUUCUCAAAACUUUUCCCUGAAAAUGAGUCGGUUUAGGGUCUCUCAGCAAAGUUUACCCCCUCUCACAUGUUUAUUUAGUCCUGAUUGGGAGCUGUUGUUGUUAGCAUCAUGCUAGAAACCACGAGAGAAAGGGGCUAUUUGUCCAGAGGAUUUUAUUUCCUAUUACUAUUUACUUUCUUGUUUUGUUAUCAUUUCACUACCACCCUGUAGGUAGGAAGCGCUCUCUUUGCUUCGGCAUGCACUCCCUACACACUGUAGGAAAAUCACUUAAUAAAAAUACUUUUUUAUAAUAGGUAACUAUAAGACCAUCAUUACGCUGUGCGUAACGAAUGUACAGAGAAAAAAAUUGUAGGUAUUUUUUUUGAGGAACAAUUAAUUUGGUAAUGAUAUGUAGCUAUUUAAUUGUUUUUUUUCCUGUCCUUAUAUUGUAAUCAUUGUAUUUUCUUUUUUGUGAAAAAAGUUGAUCUUUUUUUUUUCUUGUCAGUAGAGCUUGUCUCGUUAGAGUAAAGAUUCAAGUGCAGGAACACAGUAAAUGUAUGAAACCACAAAAAGCCACAGGUGUGUCGGUGACAAUCGCUACUUCCAUUGGUCCCCAAGUCUUUGUGUUCGAUCAUGUGACUCCUGAGACGUUUGAACAAAAGUUUUACUUGAGCAGUUUGCUUAACUCCAUUGAUGAAACCAUUUCUACUCAGAACAACUGAUGUUAGGAACAGGACAGCUGCACGUAAGCAAUACAAAUUGUUGGUCUUGUUGUAAAAGUGGGACGUGAGUGUGUUAAGUCCUUCAGCGUGUCGAUUAAACUGGCACAUGAGCUGAAAGAUGUUGCCCAUAAAUCUGCUGAGUUUGUUUCCUGUAACAAAGUAACAGAGUUGUAUAUUCAGCUGACAAAUCAAAAGAGUUGACUGCACCACACUUUCCAGGUCAUAUUUUUUUUGAAGUGGAAGUAGCAUGUACUUAGUGGUAGUAAUACUCUGAACUGUAAAGAAAUAGUCUAUCAAGAAACAAUGUGUGGCUCUGUGUCUCCUACUUAAAAGGUUUUGGCAGGCCACCUUUUUUGUACGUAAAGUAGCCUUGAUGAACAAUAAAGUGCUUUUAAACCACU